AUGAGCAAUAUUAUGGACAAGAAUGAUGAAGAAAUAUUGAAACAUAUUCAUAUAUCUCCCUUAACAUUGUCUUUCGAAGAUACUCAAAUUUAGUAAUUGUAUGAUAGCAUUCAGAGAUCUAAAUGGCCUGUUUACACAGAAUGCAUCGUCAGCGUAUCGUUGCUCAUAUUAGUUUUAAUUUAUAUUCAUUUUCUUGAUAUAAGUUAGAAAACUUCAUACCUGAAUCUGAUUGCUUAGAUUGUUUUUACUCUAAUAAACAUCUCUUUUAUAUUCAAGUUUAUCCACUCUUAUUAAGUCAAAAGAUAAUUUAUUUAUUUGUAAAUCUUGCAUUUUUUUCUGUAUUUUAUAUUCGAUAUCAUACCAAUGAUCAAUGAAGAUGUACCUUCUCCUAGAGCCUAAGGACCUUCUUCUUUUGUAUAUCCUAUUAUUUGUACUAACACUGGUAUUUCUUUGAUAAUAGUAAUGAUGCUCAUACAAUCUUACAUAUUUACUUGGUACGAAAAGGCUAUUAUCUAAUGGAUCAUAUCUUUAUGCGAUUAGUCUAAGUCUGGAAUCUUUUCUAUCCCUUAGUUUUAUACUUAAAUGCUAAUCCUUUUAAUCAUUUACACUAUUAUUAUCUAUCUCACAGAAAAAAAUAGGAGGUAGAAAUUUUUUAUCAAUUAUUGGCAAAAUAAUUUACUUUCUGAGUGGAAAGAUAUUUGGAAAAAUACAAUACCCACACCUAUUAUUAUCCUAGGUAUACCUAAGUAAAUAAAUGACUAAUAAACAAUUAAUUAAAAUGCUUAAGAAUAUGAAAGGCACUAUAAAUAAGGAGAUAUGAUAAAUAAUAAGCUAGAUCAUAUGUAAGCAUCUAGAGAAAAUCCAAAAGAAAAAGAAAAUUUAACACAACCAUUUCCAUAAAUGCAAGAUGAAAAUCAAUAUAAUUUGAUAUAAGCAUCUAUACAAAACAAUUAGUAGCCUUCCAACAGAUAAAAAAAUAUAACAACUCAUGGUCAAUUGCUAGAAAUGAAUGAUAUUAAAUUAAUAAAUGUAACAUAAAAUUAAAUUGAAGAAACCCCUUAAGUAAAUCAUAAUAAAACUUCAAGUAGAGAAAAUAUCCAACUGCACAUGUAAAAUAAUCAAAUUAAUCAGCUUUAAAUUGAACCUGAAGAAAAGUAAAAGUAAAAGCUAUCAGAAGAAUGUAAAAAAGCUGAUAUGGUUAGUGGUAAAGAGAAUUCGUAAUUGAUAACAGACCGCAAUAAAAUAUAGGCAAAUAGUAAUAGCGUAUUUGCUAUGCCAACAAAAGAUGAAGAAAAUAUUAUUCAAAAAGAAGAAAAAGUUAAUAUUGAAAUAGAUUAGCUAAAUAAAGAAAAUGAUCAAUUUAAAUUCAAUCCUUACUUCCAAAAUCACUUCACUAAUGAAAAUGGAAUGCAGAUUGAUCAUAGCUCUUUCUUUCAAUUCAAAGAUGCUAAUAAACAAUUUUACAAUACUUUUAACAUUACUCAAAAUCCACCUCAAUUUUAUUAAAAUGAAUUACAGACAUUGAUGGAAGAAAUUAAGGAUAAUUAAAAUAUUUCGCUCUACAAAAAUUUAGUGGAUUUAAUUAAUAGCUUGGCUAGUGAGUUUGAGAGAAAGAGUCAUAAUUUCUUUAAAAACCAAGUCCUUAAAACAUAUAAUUAGCUAAGCUAUAAGGAAAAGUAUUUUGAAGCAAAAAUUAUUGAGUGUGAAUGGGAUGAUUAGGACAAAUCCUUUAUGAUAAUUUUAAAUGAUAUAACAGAGAAAGUAGUAAAUGAAUAAAACAAGUAGCAAUACUAAUAUAAGGAUUAAAUUCUGGCUAUAGCUACUCACGAUUUAAAAACACCUCUAAAUAAUAUAAUCUGCUCUGUGGAGAGCAUGAAAUUAAGAUAAGAUAAUACAAAUAUCUCUGAAUAAUUAGAAUUAGUGAGCGUAAGUGUAAAAUAAAUGAUGAAUAUAAUCAAAGAUAUUUUAGAUUACUCAGCACUAAACAAAGGAAGUUUGAGGUUAAACAUAGAAAUAUUCAGACUUUCAGAUUUAAUCAAGUAAAUUUUCUAACUAUUCAAACUCCAUGCCUAAUCAAGAAAUAUAGAACUUAAAUAUACUAUUGAUCCGUUUCUUUAAGAGUUAGAUAUUGUUUCUGAUCCUAGCAGACUUGUUUAGAUAUUCAAUAACUUGAUUGCAAACAGUUUGAAAUUCACUGUAAAAGGGUCGAUUCAUAUAAAAUUUAAAUCAAACCCAAACGACAGAAAUGUCAUACACAUUUCAAUUACAGAUACUGGAGUAGGAAUUCCUUAGUAAUAUGUUGAUUAAAUAUUUAAACCUUUUCAGACUUUUAAUCAUACAGAAGGCCUUAAAACUCAAGGUGUAGGCUUGGGUCUAAUUAUCUGUAAGACUUUAGUCAGACAAUUAGGACCUUCUUAAUAGAGAAUAGGAUUAAAGACUUAACAAAAUAUUGGCUCUAAAAUUUGCUUUGACUUUUACAGAAAUAUAAAUGAUAAACCUUAACCGUGUCCUAAAAGAAAGAAUACAACUUUAUCAGAAAAUGAAAUGAAAAAUACUAUCCUUUUCAAUAUGAGAGAUAAGAAGAUGACCAUUUAUUCUUCUCCUUAAAAAUAAUCUUGUGAAGCUCUAUUAAUUGAGCAUAAUACAGAACGAAGUUAAAAAUGCCCUAUGAUAAAUUGGAAAAAUGACUCUCCUAAGAUCAGCAAAGCGACAGUCUUCAAAGUGGCUAAUAAAGAAGAAGAUCCUGUAGGUUUAGAUUUAGACUAUAAAAAGCCAUAAAAAGAAGUAAAUACACCUCAUAAAAGAAUAAAUCAAAUAAAAAUUAAUGAUAAGCAAGACUCUAGCUGUGUUAUAAAGGAUUAUUAAGAAUAGGAGCCAGUUGUUUAACUUGUUAAAACUAAGCAACCAAUUUCCUCAACUAAUUUAUUCACUUAGCUUUCACUUCCAUCAUAAGGAGAUUUUGGGAUUAAUAAUCAUUCAGAAGCCCACAUACAUUCUUCAGGAAAGUAGAGUAACAGCUUAAAGCAAGAAUAAAUAGAAAAUUAAACUCUUUUAAAUAUUGAUAAUAAUAACCACACCAAUGGCAAUAAUAAGUUAGCUCCCAGAAUAAGUAAUUUUAAUUUUUUGCAUGUUACUAAUAAUAAUCACGAUUGUCUUUCUACUCAAGUUAACUCCUCGUAAAAUACAGGUUUAAUAUCAACUAAUAACCCAAGCUAAAAUCAUAUACCAUCUAUUUAAAUAAUUACAAAUAACAUUUAAGGUGAGCAAAAUUAGUAGGAUAACUUACUAAACCACGAAUCAAGCCAUAAAAAUUAAGAUACAGUUUAUGCUAUUUAGACCCUUCAAAGUUCAGAUAAUAAUGGAUAUGAUGCUUAAUUUCAAAAAUUACAAAACAACAAUAUUGAAAUUAUACAUAAAAAACCAACAUUUGAGAAUAAAGCUAGGUAAAAAAUUAUGAGAUAAUAAUCAUAUUAAGCUGAAUAGAAUUAUUCCCCAAAAUCAUCAAACAAUUAGAUUAAUGAAAAACAUAACUAAUACAACAAUUCUCCAACUAAUAGUGAGUUCUACAAUAAUAAUUCUCCAUCUAAUAACAAUUUUACAAAUAUCAAUUCCUAUUCAGCUUUCACUCCUUUAAAUCACUUAAGCAAAUUUUAUACAAGCUAAACUCCAAUAAAUUCAAAGAAAAAUUUUAUUAAUUCAAAUCAAAAUACCCAAAUUACUCCUUAAAGAAGCAACAUUAAAUCAGCCACACUAAACCUUAGCAAUACAAAUAGAAAUAACUAAAUUUAAAACUUCUCAAACGCAAUUAACUAAAAUAAUUUUAAUAUUUAAAAUUCAUAGUAAAAGUUAAAUAAUAUUAUUACAUAGUAAUUUAGCCAAUCUAUCAUUAAAAGUACUUAAUAAUAUCAAAAUUACAUUGUUCCAGUUUUGGGAGAAGUAAGUGAGGAGUUUAACGAUUCAAUAUAUCAAUCUUAAAAAAUAUCUCUGUAAAAUUAACAAUCAAAUACUACAAAUGCUUUGAUUAUUGAUGAUGAGUAUGUUCACUUUGUAAUUUUUUCCUAGUUACUUAAAAAUAUAUCUCAAAACUAUCAUUUUUAAUUUGAUUAUGCAACAAAUGGUCAAGAAGCAUUAGAUUUGAUAGAAAAAAAACCUGAAUCAUAUUACAAAAUAGUAUUUGUUGAUGGCAGCAUGCCAGUGAUGAGUGGAUAUGAUUUUAUUCAAAGAAUUAGAUAAUAUGAAUAAAAUAAAUAAUAUUUACAAAAACACCAUAUAAUUGGUGUUACUGGAGGUGGUGAAAGAGAUAAAAAUCAAUUUUUAAGUGCAGGAGCUGACUACUAUAUCUAAAAGCCAGUCCAAACAAGCAUAUUAAUAGAAUACUUGAACUAAUUAAUGUCAAAAGAUAAUAAUCAAUGA